CCCAUCCGCACAGAUACGGGCCGGAAGGCGGCUGUGCAGAUUCGUCUGUGUUUGAGCGAAUGAAGAAGUAUCAGGCGUCGGCGCUGGAGGAACCGGCCAAGGAGGAUCACGUGUUGCUGAGGAAGAAGAGGAUGACGCAGGUGGAGAAGAACACCUGCCAGCUCUUCAUCCAAACCGAUCACCUCUUCUACAAGUACUACAAGACCAGAGAGGCCGUGAUCGCUCAGAUCUCCAGUCACGUCAAGGCCAUUGAUGCCAUCUACCAGGGCACAGACUUCAUGGGCAUCCGCAACAUCAGUUUCAUGGUCAAGAGGAUACGGUUUUUAAUAAGCCAGCUUUAGGCACAGCAGCUGGUUUCUAACAGCGCUGCUGGUCUCGUCUCAGAUAAAC